AUGGCACGGAUACCAGGGUGGGUUGAUGGCAAUGAUCUUCGUUCUUAUGCGCAAGUUCAUGAACAGAUGGUUUAUGGGUUUGAGCUUCCAUGGCUUCGAAUUGCGUGCGAGAUCAAUUGCAGACAAUAUUAUGGGUGCGACAUCCGCGACAAGCGCCAAAAUCGGUGCAUGCUCAGAGAAGAACCUACUAUAGCUGGUGAGCUCAUCGACUUCUAUCUUGUGGUUCUCCUCAUCUAUGGAAUCGUGCCUUUCAUGGCUGUGAAAUUCAUCUUGGGAGCCCCAUGGGUGAUGAUGUUUCUAAUAAAGCAAUGGAGGAGAAGACACUUAGCAAUGGAUCAACAAGUGGAAGAAUUUCUACAAUCUAACAAUAACUUCUUGCCAAUAAGGUACUCCUACUCAAACAUCAAGAAAAUCACAAGCGGUCUCAAGGAGAAACUAGGUGAGGGGGGGUACGGUUCCGUGUUCAAAGGAAGACUUCGAAGCGGCCGUAUGGUAGCGGUAAAGAUUCUGAAGAAAGGGAAAGCGAAUGGGCAGGACUUCAUUAGUGAAGUGUCUACCAUCGGAAGAAUUCAUCAUGUUAAUGUGGUUGGGCUCAUUGGUUUUUGCUUUGAAGGUUCAAAACAAGCUCUUGUCUACGAUUUCAUGCGCAAUGGGUCUUUGGAUAAGCACAUUUUCUCACAAGGACAAGGGAGUUCUCUCGAUUGCAAGGAAGUGUAUGAGAUUGCUCUCGGAGUAGCUAGAGGGAUCGAGUAUCUUCAUCGAGGAUGCAAUAUGCAAAUUCUACACUUUGACAUCAAGCCUCACAACAUUCUUCUUGACGAGGAUUUCACCCCUAAAGUUUCCGACUUUGGGCUCGCGAGAUUGUAUCCCACGAACUACAACACCGUGUCUUUGACAGCCGCGAGAGGAACUUUAGGAUACAUGGCACCGGAGCUGGUCUACAAGAACCUUGGGAGCAUCUCUUAUAAAGCCGAUGUCUAUAGUUUCGGCAAAUUGCUAAUGGAAAUGGCCAGUGGGAGGAAGAAUGUGGACGGGGUUGCAGAGUGUUCCGGUCAGAUUUACUUUCCUUCAUGGAUUCAUGACCAGCUUAGUGCGGGACUCGACGUCCCGGUGGAACAAGUUAGCGAGGAGGAUAGGAGAAUAGUGAAGAAGAUUAUUAUAGUUGCUCUUUGGUGCAUUCAAUUGAAUCCUAGCGAUCGCCCUUCGAUGCGCAAAGUCUUGAAAAUGCUUGAAGGAGGACUAGAGGGUCUACAAGUACCUCCCAAGCCACUCUUUUAUCCAACAGAAAUGUCAACAGGGGAUGAUGGAACUUGGACCGACGAAGGCAAUCAUACCAUAUCCACUUCAUCAACUAGUGCAGUAACUCUUGAAGAUUCUCAUAUCGUAUAUGUAAGUAGUAGUAUUACACAAGCAUAG